AUUAAUACAAUAUUAUCUUAUAUUGUUUUAUAUAGGAAUGGAAUGAAACCAACACGGAAGAAAUCAAGUUUUUUUUCGGCUUAUUAAUUUUACAAGGAAUACUACAAAAACCUACCAAUUCGUCAUUCUUUUGUACUACAAACGACCUUUUUUUCGAAAACAUGACAGAAAAUCGAUUUUAUCUACUCAGAAAAUUUUUACAUUUUAAUGACAAUACACUUUUUGACGCAACAGGAACAAACGGCUGUAUAAAUUAAAACCUGCUUUUCAUUAUUUACUUCGGAAAUGGCAAUCAGCCCACACUCCCUGAACAAACAUCAGUAUUGACGAGAGCCUAUUAUUAUGGAAGGGUAGAUUAAAGUGGAGAGUGUACAUCCCCAAAAAAAGAGCCCGUUACGUGAUGGAGUCAUUUCAACUUUGCGAGUCCUCCACUGGUUACGUAUAUAACAUGAUAAUGUUGUAUACAGGAAGCGAAACAGAGUUAAAAAAAACCGUCCAAUGAUUACAUUUAUCAAAGCAGCUAAAAUCAACAAAAAUAGUAUUAUGUUUGAUGGAUCAAUUAUUAAAUAAGGGUUAUAUGUUAUUCGUAGACAAUUAUUAUACUUCUCCUGUACUUUUUGAUUUGUUAGUUGAUUUUAAAACAGAUGCGGUCGGUACGCUAAGAAAAAAACAGAAAGAGCUGCCAGAAGACAUUAAAAAAAAAAAAGAAAUUGAAGAAAGGAGAUUUCAUCGCAUAGCAAAAAGUUGAUAACGUUGAAGUGGCUGGAUAAGAAGGAAGUGUGUAUGCUAUCGACCGUACAUGGUGCUGAAAUGGUCCCAAUACAAACCAAAAGUGGAGAAGAAAAAUUAAAACCACUUGUCUGUGUGGAGUUCAGUAAAGGAAUGAGAAUAAUUGAUCUAGCGGACCAGUGUAUUACAACAUACUCGAUUGCGAAGACUCGCCUAAAAAAAUAUUAUCACAAAAUGUUUCAUCACCUGCUGGAUUUUAUAAUCUUCAAUUCUUUUAUCCUGUAUAAAAAGUGUGGAGGAACGCUUACUCAACUGAACUUCCGGUUGCAACUUGUGGACCAAGUUACGGAGAAGUACUGUACAUCGGUGGAGUUACGAAACCAGUGCCUAGAAGAAAACACAUGCAGGAAAUUACCCCAAACAGACUCCUGGAGAGGCAUUUUCUGAGAGAGAAUUGAUCGACAAGUACCAAAAAGCAUGCAACAAGAAGAUGCAUCGUUUGUAUCAAAAAAGGAUCUAAGAAAGAAUCAACAUAUUCCUGUAAACAGUGUGGCGUUCCCCUGUGUGUAGAUCCUUGCAUGGAAAUUUAUCAUACGAUAAAAGAUUUCUGGUAUAUACAUAUGCUUUUGUCAAGUUAUUUUUUCUACACUAUUAUAUAAACAGUAAAUGUUAAAUUUACGUGUACAUAUAUUUCCAAAGAAUACGAGUGCGAGAUUCGAGGAUAAGAAU